AUGCUCUCAAUUCCACUAAUACCACCUCAAGAAGACAGCUCGACCUUCCUGCGAUCAACAUAUCGUCCACGCGCUGAAUCACCUCCACCAGCAGUGGGCCAGAACCAACAACAAACACAUCGUCAACGUCAGCUACGUGAUGACGAGAAGAAGCAGCACAAUGCGAGAAGUCCGCUGGCGAUCCUCAAAGCCGAAGAAGCUGCUAUUGAGUCACGCAAAGCUGCUGUGCGCAAUUUCGGCUCCCACUGGCUUCGACCGCCUGGCAUUUCCAAGACACUGCAGGCGAUGAUUGAAGAGGCCUUGGAACGAGAAGAGCAGGCCGAGAUUGAGAGACAAGAAGCCGGCAUGCGCGACAUGCAAGCACAGCAGCAACUAGCGGAAGCACAACAGCAGGCACAAGAGACGGCAGAGGAGGGUGAGGAUGGCGAGGAGGAGGGUGAGGAUGGCGAGGAGGAGCGUGAUCUCGAUGCUGAGAUACCAGAUGCAGAUGCCACGACUGCAGAUGUCACAUUCAACGAGGACAGCAUGAUGGAAGGCAGUCAGGUCGAAAGCACGGACCAGAACAUUGAGGACGAGGGUGGCAACGAGAACGAGAUGGAGGUGGCAGAACUGACAGGCGCUGCGCAAGACGAGGAAGAGCUAGGCAUCGAGAUGGAGCGCGAUCUUGACGACUCUGUACCUGAGGCCGGCAGCUAUCAGCACACCGACACAGAGAUUGAAGACAGCGAUUCUGAUUCGGAAAUACGAAGCUCCUUCAUCGACAGAAGUGCGCCACGCUCAGCAUUGUCUGAUGCAACGCCAGCUGGACAGAUGGGACCACCGGCGCGAACAGCAGGAGGCUUGCAAGAGAGGAUGCGGGCGCAAGUACAUGCCGCAGAUGCUUUGCCGCGCAGCCCGGGCAGCGUCAACCUCUCCAGCUCGAUACUGGACAGCUCACUUUUGGGCAGCAGUCCUGUCAUGCAGCGCACGAAUGGUGGUGCAAGAGGACGUGGACGGUCGCGACGAGGGAGACACAGUUGA